AUUAUAUUUGGUAUACAAAUUACAAAUGUCUGUGAAGGUCAAACAUACCAGUUAGGAAUUGGGACUCGUAACGUUAAACCCAAACCGACUCACGAAUUCGUUAUGAAAUGUUUUGCCGGACUAUGUACUCCCUAUAUACGACGAGUAUAUAGCAUAGCAGCCGACUCUAGAUCCUCAAUUUCGCCCAAAUCGGAGCAAGAUCUGAACCUUUUAGGUCUUAAGUCGUUGCACCUGAGUGGACUCGGCCCCGUUUGUUGAACGGCCAUUCUCAGUGCCGGAUUUAAGAUCUAAUGGCGGACGGUGAAAACCAGUCGAGGUAUGUGAAGUUGACGAAAGACCAGGUCCAGGUCGAGGAUAUCAGGCCCGGUGAGCUCAAUCUGCCAAUAGAUGUCCCUCAGUUAUCAGUUCGUAAGUGCAAUGAAUGUGGGCAGCCUUUGCCUGAAAGUUUUGAGCCUCCUGCAGACGAACCUUGGACAACUGGGAUCUUUGGAUGUACUGAAGAUAUGGAUAGCUGUUGGACAGGACUUUUUUGCCCGUGUGUACUGUUCGGACGUAACCUAGAGAAUUUGAGAGAUGAUACUCCUUGGAGCAGAGCAUGUCUUUGCCAUGCCGUUUUUGUGGAGGGAGGAAUUGCUCUUGCUGUAGCAACGGCAGCGUUAAAUGGCAUUGUGUUUGAUCCUAGGACGGCAUUCCUUAUUUGUGAAGGUCUGUUCUUUAGCUGGUGGAUGUGUGGGAUAUACACUGGUCUUAUUCGGCAAUCACUGCAGAAGAAGUAUCAUCUGAAGAAUUCUCCGUGUGACCCCUGCAUGGUGCAUUGUUGCCUGCACUGGUGCGCGUUGUGCCAGGAGCAUAGAGAGAUGAAGGGGCAUUUAUCCGAUGACAGUGCCAUCAUGCCCAUGACCAUAGUCAACCCUCCACCUGUCCAACAAAUGACUGCUUCUGAUGAUCAUCAUAAUAGCCAUCAAUCUUCUGCUGCCGGCCACAGUACACAUCUUGAGAUGCAACCUUUGUGAAACCCUUGUUAUGUUACUCUCAGGAGAUUGCUUUUGAAAGGUUCUGAAAUUAUAUUCACUGGGAAAGACCGAAUAUAGAUACAUAUUAUGAUGAGAAAAUAUUCAGCAGAAUAUAGGCGCAUAGCACUUGUGACUUGUCAGUUGUUACAAUGUUAAGCCCCACAACAGUGCAUCAUAUACGGCAAGAAAAAAAAAAGUACUCGUUAUUUAGUGUUCAUUGUGUUUUUGCUUAGCCAUGGGAGAUGGUGUUCAAAUUGCUGAGGAUUGAAGUGACUAAAUUUGUGAA